UUGAGUUCCAAUACUGAGUCACUGAGCAGUCACAGUGGCAGACAAUCCUUAUUGCCGACUUACACAACACUCUCAAGAUGGCAGGAGAGAGUGUGCCCGAGCGUCCAGACCUGAAGGAGAUGGGAGAAGAGGAACUGUGGGAACUUAUUAAUGAUAACCGCCAUCGGCUGUCCUUGGGGGUGCGGCCGUGUGUCGUGAUCCCGUACCUCAGGCAAGCCAGGGUGCUCACUGAGAUGGACGAGGAUGAGAUUCUUUCCAGCCACAACCUCACCAACCGCUCAAUGAGAACAAGCCAUAUGAUGGAUCUGCUGCGGACCCAGGGUAGGAAUGGUGCUGUGGCUUUGCUGGAAAGCCUAAUGAUACACUACCCAACCCUCUACACUCAAGUAACUGGACGGAAGCCCAGCACGGAACCCUCAAGAUUCAGUGGCCUGAUAAAAUAUUCCGAACUGACCGAGUAUCUUAUCAGAGCGGUAACCGGAAUGCAGGAUGAGCUUCGAGAAGCUCGCUGUGAGGCUGGAAGAAUGAGUGCUCGCUGUGCCUCCCUGGAGUCUGAGAUUCAGCAGGUCAUGGAGCACGAAGAGAAGUCCAGAUGUCUCCAGUUGGAAUAUGAGCGCAUGCAUAGACACUUGUCUUCGCUGCAACGUGAAGUCACGCAAUUGAAAGAUGAGAAGUGUGAUUUGUACGUACGCUAUACUGCCGCCAUCGAGGAGAAAUCCGCUGUGAGCACGCGCCUGCAUGACCUCAACUUGCAGAUCUAUCAGCUGCAAACAGAAUUGCAAAAGGCCCAAACCGAGAACGCUUUCCAGAAACGACGUUCUCUCAGAUCCUUGCCUCUUGCCGAGGCGUCUCAACUGCAAGAGGAGGUCCGGAGUCUACGCUGCCAGAUCAUGAAGAUAGAAAAACUCAACCCAGCUCACCAGGAUAUUCUAGCCCAGGAUCUUGCUGAAGCUAUAGAUAGCCAGGUGGAACUUGCAGGUCAGCUCAGGUGUUACAGAGAAGAAAAUGAACAGUUGCACAAAGAAAAACAAGAGUUUCUGGAUCAGAACGAGUCUCUAAGCCUCCAAGUUCAGCAGUUGACAUUGGACUGCAACAUGCACCAACAGAAGAGCAAUGUAUUUCAGAACCAGAUGAGAGAUCUGCAGACUGAGAGAGAUCAAGCAUACCUUUCCAGAAACGAGGCCCAAUCCCAGAUCGCCGCCAUUUUGGCUGAGAAGGACAUUCUAAGAUCUCAAAUGAUAGAACUCCAGGAGAGAGAUUUUAGUGUGACUGUCAAGCACAACAAAGAAUGGCAGAGGUCAAAGGAAAGGGGGAUUAGCUGGGAUUGUCCUCUAUCCAAAUCUGAAGAUUCGUCAUUCCCAGGUCGUCACAGACUUUGCCGCAUGGAUGCAGUUCGUUCUAUAUCAGUGAAUUCCUUCACAACUGAGUGUGAAGAUCCAUUAGCAAGUAGUGUCCGAUCCGGAGACGUCGAGCCUCCCAGUCCCCAGUCUCUCCGUAGAAGAGAGGGAACUCUUCAUGAGGACAGCAUCCUGGAAACAACGGAGACCGAUGAUUCUUCGUUGGAGGACUUUGAGAUCCUUCCCACUGUGGUGAGGGAAGACGAUUCCCCAGCAAGACAGCGAUGUGCUCCUAGAAGAACCAAAAACGUGUACAGCCUGCAUAAAAGUUCUGUACCUCCCUUCCUCGUGCGUUCACGUCCAAAAGCAAUACGAGUCAACGGCCGCGUAGUCACCAUUGCCUUCCAGGGAGAGACUUUGCUAAAUCAGAUUGCCGUGGUAGGAGGUAAUAAGACUGGAGUCUUUGUGCAUGAAGUAACGGAAGGGAGUUCAGCACAUACUGUGGGUAUCACCCACGGUGCUCAAAUUGUGGAGGUGAGGUACCAACAGGACCAGAAAGCUGUCAAGAUGGUCCUGGAAGAUUCCACAUUAGAAGAAGCUCAGUGGGCACUUGGCCAAGUCACUGGUCUCUGCCAUCUCUCUUUGCGUCCCAGGCAAGACGAUUACGAGGCACUUCUCCAGCAAUUGCAGCAGAGCGAAAUGUCAUCAGGCGACUCCUUCUACGUGCGUGUCAACGUGACCAUCCCAGCAGGUCCCAAAGAAACAUUGACUGUGUCCUGCAAUGACAUUCUACAUGUGACCAACACAAGGCCUGCGGCCACCGAAGACUCCUGGUACGCCAAUCAAGUUCAUCCCUGCCAGCUUCUGGCCCUCCAUAGUGGAUUGGUACCCAACUAUUACAGAGCACAGCGACUUCUAAUUGGGGCUAUUGAAGAAAUGAACUCUCAAACAUGCAAGUCUCAAAAGGAAGGGGAUGCGGUGGAUCGGAAAACAGUGAGGAUUGUUAGCACGGGUCGCCAGGGCCGAAACCCUCUGUGGGUCAGCGUAGAGAACGAAAAGAGCAAGAGCACAGAUUCUGAUGUAACAUCAGCACCGAGAAGUUGUCUAACCCUCAUGCCCUAUUCGCCGGUCACGCCCCACUUCCCACCCAUUUGUCGACCAGUCCUGCUGCUUCCAUCCAUCCUGGGACGCAUCCUGGAUAAGAAGGUGGCAUCAUGGCAGGGCUUUGAGCUCUGUGAACCUGAGAUUAUGAGUUCCAGUGACUAUGCAGCCUGUUUGCAGAAGUCUGAGCUCCUGGAGGAAUGUGAGCAGGGAGGAAAUUGCUGCUACACUCUACAGAGUGUGGAAAAAGUCAUGAAGAAGGGUAUUCAUUGUGUUUUGCCUCUUGGGCUGGACUGUGUGCGUCGCCUGCACAGGGCAGAGAUUUUUCCAAUCAUUAUCUUCAUCAGCCAGUCACCACGCAGUGCACGUAAACUGAAAUCAAAGCUUCAACGUCUCAACUGUUCGGAGGAGCAUCUGCUGGUGUGUUCCAGAAGCGAAGAAACGCUAUUGGACAAGCUCCCAUGUUUGUAUCAUCACGUGACCCCUGACUUGUGGUGUGAUCAGACCUCACUGCUGACCAGAUUGCGCACAGUCAUCUGGGAGGAGCAGAAGAAAAUUGUAUGGGUUGAGCCAGACCUGUGGUAACAGGAAAACCAGGCAGAGGUGGAAUUCAAAUCAAUAGUUAACCCCCCCCCCCCCCCAAAAAAAAUUACAAAACAUUUGUAAACACGAGUAUGUAUCUAUGAUACUUCAACAUCCAUUUUUAUUUAUUUGAAUAAUUAAGAACAGCCUAAUUUUGCCAGCGAGUCAAUGUAUUUUCACAAAUACUUUGGUUGUCAUUUGCAACUGAAGAACUUUGAUGCAUUUCUCAUGUGGUAGGCACAGUGUAUCACAAAAGUGAGUACACCCCUCGCAUUUCUGCAGAUAUUUAAGUAUAUAUUUUCAUGGGACGACACUGACAAAAUGACACUUUGACACAAUGAAAAGUAGUCAGUGUGUAGUUUAUAUAAUAGAGGUAAUUAUAUUUUCCCCUCAAAAUAACUCAAAAUAUAGCAAUUAAUAUCUAAACCCCUGGCAACAAAAUUGAGUUCACCCUUAGUGAAAGUUGUCAAUAUUAACAUACAACAUGUCAACUGUCAAUAUUUUGUUUGGCCACCACUAUUAUCCAGAACUGCCUUUACUCUCCUGGGCAUGGAGUUGACCAGCGCUUCACAGGUUGCCACUGGAAUGCUCUUCCACUCUUCCAUGACAACGUUGCGGAGCUGCCAAAUAUUUGAGACUUUGCGCACCUCCACCUUCCGCUUGAAGAUCCCCCAAAGAUGUUCUAUUGGGUUCAAGUCUGAAGAAAUGCUUGGCCAGUUCAUCACCUUUACCCUCAGCCUCUUCAGUAAAGCAGUGGUCAUCUUGGAGGUGUGUUUGGGGUCAUUGUCUUGCUGGAACACUGCCCUGCAACCCAGUUUCUGGAGGGAGGGGAUCAUUCUCUGCUGCAGUAUUUCACAGUACAUGUUGGAGUUCAUGUUUCCCUCAAUGGAAUGUAACUCUCCAACACCUGCUGUACUCAUGCAGCCCCAGACCAUGACUUUCCCACCACCAUGCUUGACUGUAGGCAUGGCACACUUAUCUUUGUACUCCUCACCUGGUUGCCGCCACACAUGCUUGAGACCAUCGGAACCAAACAAAUUAAUCUUCAUCUCAUCAGACCAUAAACCGUGGUUCCAGUAAUCCAUUUGCUUUGUUGACAUGUCUUCAGCAAACUGUUUGCGGGCUUUCUUGAGUACAGUCUUCAGAAGAGGCUUCCUCCUGGGGUGACAGCCAUGCACACCAAUUUGAUGUAGAGUGCGACGUAUGGUCUGAGCACUAACAGGCUGACCCCCCACCUUUUCAUUCUCUGCAGCAAUACUGACAGCACCCCUGCGACGAUCUUUCAAAGAAAGCAUUUGGAUGUGACGCUCAACACGUGCGCUCAGCUUCUUUGGAAGACCAUCCCGAGGCCUGUUGUGAGUGGACCCUGCUCUUUUAAAAUGCUGGAUGAUCUUAGCUACUGUGCUGCAGCUCAGUUUCAGGGUGUUGGCAGUCUUCUUGUAGCCUUGGCCAUCUUCAUGUAGCGCAACAAUACGUCUUUUAAGAUCCUCAGAGUUCUUUGCCAUGUGGUGCUAUGUUGGAACUUUCAGUGAACAGUAUGAGAGAGUGUGAGUGCUGCACUACAAAUUUGAACACACCUGCUCCCUAGGCACACCUGGACCUAGUAAAGAUAACGAGUCACAUGACAUUUCGGAGGUAAAAUGACAAGCAGUACUCAAUUUGGACAUUCAGGGAUGUCGUUUUAAAUAUUAAUGGCUAUAUUUUGAGUUAUUUUUAAGGGAAACUAAAUUAACUCUCUUAUAUAAGCUGCACACAGACUACUUUUUAUUGUGUAAAAGUGUCAUUUUGUCAGUGUUGUCGCAUGAAACCAUAUACUUAAAUAUCUGCAGAAAUGCGAGGGGUGUACUCACUUUGGCGAUACACUGUACCUGAAUAAUGUAAAAAUGUUUCCAAAUUCGUCUUUAAAAAAGUGUUUCAAGAAUUUUUUUUUUAAACAGAAAAUUCAAGUCAUUGAAAGUCUGAUGACUUGAAGAUUUGGCGCAAGCUACUUUGCAUCUUUUUAGACUGUGAAUUUGUAUGUAGCAACACUUCCAUCUUGUUUUUUUCUAUUUUGCCAUGUAUGUAAAAUAUGUAAAACAUUUGAGAAUUUGUAAAAUGUCUCUCCUGACCCCAG